UGUUGUUGCUAUAUUUAGUGGAAGCGAAAAUUGUAGAGGCCAUUACAGAACCACAGCUUAAUAAAUGUAAACUCUAAGGACGUUACCGACAGGCUAUAGUGGCCAGAUCUAGAGGGGGUGUGACUUGAAUGGAGUUGUCGCCUACUGUCUUCAUAUCGGCGAAUUAAUUCUGUGGUUCUGGCUCAGAGUGUUUAAGAGAAUGACACUACAAUGGACAGCGGUGGCUCUUUUCCUCUACGCGGAGAUAGCGUUCAUUCUCAUCCUCUGCAUCCCCCUCCUGUCAGCCCACAGAUGGCAGAAGAUAUUUAAGUGGAACAUAUGGAGCAUGAUGUCAUCUUACUGGAACAGAUUCUUUUUUGCCAUGAUAUUGAUCCUUAUAGUUCUUUUUCUUGAUGCCUUCAGAGAAGUCAGGAAGUAUUCAGCCGAGGAGGCGUUAACCGAUUCCCAGCUGCAACCCAACUUCUCAGACCAUGUGCACAUGAUGCUCUUUAGGGCCCAGAGGAAUCUGUACAUCUCUGGAUUCUCCCUCUUUCACUGGCUCAUCAUGCGGCGCAUCAUCACCCUGAUCCACCAGGUGGCGCUAGCUGAGGACACUGCAGCUGCACUGCAAGCCCAGGCAGAAGGUGCCAACCAGGCUGCCACGAAAUACAUGGAGGAAAACCAGAAACUGAAAGAUACCCUGCAGGAAGAGGACAGUGCGAAGUCCAAGAGAACCCAGCUGAUGAGACAGGAAGUGCAGAGCGCAACAAAAGACCUCAGAGUCGCUGAUGACGCAUUGCGGAGGUCUCGGACUGAAGUGGAGGCAGUGAAGAAACAAGCUCAGGGACUCACUAGAGAGUAUGAUCGACUGCUGAAGGAACAUCAGAUGCUGCAGGAGAAUCUUAAAAAUGGAUCCGAAGACAAAAAAGAUCAAUAGGCCAGAAACCCUAGUGAACCACAAAUGUUGGCAAGUUAUUCUUAACAGUACAGUAACUGUUUGCAUGGAAAACACUUGAAUUUAGACCACAUCCCAUUCCAGGUGCCAUUUCUAUCAGACCCCAUUUUGGGAUAUUCUUGACCCUCCUGUGUGUUGUCAUAUACUAUAUCACCUACAGUAUAACCUGCAACUAGGACAUAACUCCUCUCUACGAGCCAUUUCGAUGCUUUAUUCUUAUUCUGGUGCAGCUCCUUGGCCAUUAUCAGAAUAACUGUCAUUAUGCUUCACCAAGUGAAUAAUGCUUUCAAAUCAAUGACUGUACUAAAGUGUAAUUAAAACAGAAAAUGUUUGUUUAAUGGUGCAAACGGCAAUGCCUGUUUGCAUCAAGUUGUAAACAACUGGCAUAUGGCCCCAAUUCAGAACCUGAUAGUCCUGUCCUGUUCGGUCAGGUCAGUCUACAGCAAUGUGAUGAUGUUAUACUGUAGGGAAGAAAAGAAUGGCAAGAACAGAGUAACUCCUUUUGCAAGACUGUAUUGUAUUAAAAAAAAAAUGGAAUUUCAACUAGGCACAACGGUGGUUCAACAUACUGUAAAAUCAAGUAAAUGAAUACAACAAAUCACUGCAAUGGGCUAAGAAAAAAACAAUGGAGUUUUCAUACGCUGUGCAUGAACAACACAAAGACAAUCCUGUAGUCUUUUACAGAAGUAUACAUCUGCAAAACACAGAGAAAAUUAAAACAACGAGGAACAGAGAGAAGAAACAACACACAUUAAAAUGCCCUGUAAAGCUAUUAUUUCUUGUAUUAUGAAC